AUGCAGAGGUUCGUGUGUGUGUCCGUCUGCCUGCUCGCUGCUCUGCUGUGUUUGGGUGCCGCUCAGCACCACGUUGGACCGUGGAGACACCGGAUCCAGUGGGAGAACAACGGCCAGGUGUACAGCUUACUGAGCACCGGGACUCAGUACCGUCUACCUGCGCAGACCAGGAGGCGCACUCAGCUGCUGCUCACCGCCAAAAACGGUUUGAACCAAAUUAACUCUCCUGUUGCGCUGAGCAGAUCCACCAGAACCAGAACCGUGGCGCUCAGGGACGGCAGACUCUCUCAGCAGAACGACCUCAUCCAGAUGGACACGUCGGUUCUCGGUCCUGAGGCGGGUCAGUAUUUAAUCUCUGCGGGGCGACCUGGUGCGCACGGUCAGGCCCCGCCGCGCCUUGGAACCACCGCAGGAGCUCCGGGAUUCUCCUCAUACCGGGCACCGUCUAACGGCAGCGCCAUCAGCACCCAGGAGUUCUCCGGCAGCGGAGUCCCCCGAGGAGGCCGGAGCACGCCCGGAGAGCAGCAGCAGGCCAGCGCGUCGCCGGUGAGAGCACCAGACUUUACGCACGGCAGGGUCAGGUCUGGCGGCUCGGAUCCACCGCCUCGGUCUCCCGCCACAUCCGUCUGGGUCUCCGCGGCUGAGGACGCGCGUCGGAUCCCUCAGCAGAGCAACUUUGGAGACGCUCCGAGCGCGCAAAGGCUGCAGAGAGCGCAGCCACUGACCCGAGGCGCGCCAGAGUCCAGCGCGCCUCCAACAGCUGCGUCCAGCAACUCUGUGGAGAUACACUUCCCUCGGAGGAGCCAGGAAGCAGCUUCAGACGUGGGUGACCCGAGAGAUCCGCACAGCAUUCACCACAGGAACUCAGUUUUCUACAAUGUUUACCCUCCGGACCGCAGGAACAGGAUCAGUGCGCGCCCCCCGCCUGGACCCGGCUACGGCACCAGGUUCUUCCACAACGGCCUCCCAGACCUGGUUCCUGACCCGUACUACAUCCAGGCAGCCUCCUACAUCCAGAGGGUCCAGAUGUACGCCCUCCGCUGUGCCGCUGAAGAAAACUGUCUCUCCAGCCGAGUGACCGAGCGGCUGGACGCAGAGCUGUCUGGACACAAGGCCAGCUUCUGUCUGGAGGACACGUCAUGUGACCCGGGGACGCGGAGACGAUUCGCCUGCACGGCUCACACACAAGGGCUGGGUCCUGGUUGCUAUGAUACGUAUCACGCCAACAUCGACUGCCAGUGGAUCGACAUCACGGACGUACCGCCUGGAAACUACAUCCUCAAGGUGACGGUGAAUCCGUCUCAGCUGGUUCAGGAGUCGGACUUCUCCAACAACGAGGUCCGCUGUGACAUCAGGUUCACAGGAAGCUACGUCCAGGCCAGAAACUGCAGAAUCACCACGAGCUGACCUGACUGAAGACUGAAGAGUCAACGGACGUAUUUAACAUCUUCCUGCUGCUCNUG